AUGGAUCAGUAUGUUCAUCAGGCCAAGAUUCGCCGUAUUGUGAACCGGGAGUGGCCAGAACCAUCGGCCAGCCAGGAUCCGCCUAGUAAGUUAUAUUAUCCUUGUUUUUUUUUGACGUUUAGGCCCUCCAACAACUAUUGGGACUGAUGGAUGUCCACAGCAGAAUGGUGUAGCCGACGUUCCACUUCGGCCGGUCAUGAGAAAUCGGCCGAUCUUUGAGUAUUCAUCCAAGCACGAUGCAAGAUUCGAUGCUGCUAACUUGUUCUUUGAAACAGUCACUAAAAAGUAGGUGGGAUCUCUUCAUUUGGAUCUUCUGUCUUUAGGGGAAUCCCCACAUGGAUGGCAUACAUUUUGGCUUUUGAUUUUGUGGCCAAAUUUGAGUCGGAUCUCAAUCUGCAACGUGUGGAAUGGAGAAGUGAUGUCUAUGAGGCUGUAAAAACAAAAUUCGUGGAUCAAGUGUCGCGCCGGAUCAACGAAUACAUGCAUGGAGUUCGAGCAAAUGAAAAUUUAAUUCCGGGUAAGGAGAAAGAAAGGGUUUUUAUACUAGUUUACUUUAGACUUCCCAUCAGAUGUGAUGAAUUUCGAAUAUUCGCUAGCAUCGGCGAUCGGAUCAAGAAGAACGAUGGAAGAUCGUUUCGUAGCGUUACCAUCUCUGUCACUGAUCGAACCGGAAAGGACAAAGGUUAGUUUUCAACAAUUUUUUAUUAUCAUUAAUCAAUUUUAGGUAAAGGUGUCCAUAAUAAUAAUUAAACCUGAUGUUUUUCCAGGGUCGUGAGAAAGACUCGUUGUUCGCAGUAUUCGACGGUCACAAUGGUCCGUUUUCAGCGAUGUACGCGGCCGCUCAUCUGGCCGAAUCCUUCCUGGAUGAAGAAGAAAAGAAUUCAGAAGAUACCUUGGACUAUUGUGUUCGAUCCUAUUAUCGGACAAAUUCCCGGCUCAGACAACGAUCGGUGCAUGAUGGAGUCAAAAGUGGCACUACGGCGGCGAUCACCUUCAUUCGCGACAAUACUAUCUACAUGUUGUGGGCCGGAGAUUCGGCGAUCAUGUUGAUGAAGAAGGACGGAGUGGUCACGCAGUCCGUGAAACAUGUGCCGAGCGACGAGUUGGAGCUCAAACGGAUCACUGCCGCCAAUGGAUUUGUUUCCAAUGGGAGGGUGAACAAUAUUUUGAAUAUUUCGCGAUCAAUGGGCGAGAUGAUGGCCGAAGAUUUGGUCAUCCCCGACCCUGAUACCAAAAUCCAUCCGAUCGGCGAGGACGACUACGCUCUGAUCCUGUGUUCUGAUGGAAUUACCGAUGGUCUGAACGAGAAGGACAUCUACCGGCUUCUCAAAUCGCAUGCCAAAUCCGGCGCCGACUACGGACAAGCGGCCGAUGUGUUGCGAAAGACGGCCGAAGACAGCAGCGGGGACAACAAGACGGCGCUGGUCGUCUACCUCAAGCCGUAUUCUCAAUUCUGUCAAGUUUUUAGCGAGGAGUAA